AUGGCACGAAAAAAGCGGGUAGAUUCAGAUGAUGAUAGCGACUUCAGCUCAGGUGACGCUUUGAUUUUCACAUUUCCCAGAUCUGCCUGUUCUUCAUUACGAAACGGUGUACCGUUGAAAAUUCGUUUAGAUGACGAUAAACCCAAGAAGAAAACUGCUAAGAAACGACAUCCGUCGCCAGCAAAGUCGCCACCAGGUCUUAAGAGGAAGCAAUCCAAACCCAAUACACCAGCUAAGGUCACCAAAGCGCUCUCGAAGGACAACAAGAAAAAAGGAGAGCAAAGACAGGACAGCAGUUCAUCUGAUGAGCAAAAUGAAUUUGUCGAAGAAUUCGAAAGCGAAGACCUUCUGCGGAUGGUUAUCCCUCCGAGGCCACAACCGUGCAUGAAACCGGACGGUAGCGGUGCGAGACUUGUCAUCAAAGAAAUCGUUGCCACCAAUUUCAAGUCUUACUUUGGACGGCAGAGAAUCGGUCCCUUUCAUAAGAAUUUUACUGCCAUCAUUGGUCCCAAUGGCUCAGGGAAGAGUAACGUUAUUGAUUCGUUGUUAUUCGUGUUUGGUUACAAGGCCUCGAAGAUUCGUUCCAAGAAACUUUCCGUGCUGAUACAUUCCUCUAGAGGCCAUGAUGAUAUCAAUAGCUGUUCUGUAGAAGUAUUUUUCGAACAGAUCAUCGACAAGGUGCAUACAAAAAAUACCAAGUGCCAAAAAAUUUUAAAGGAUGGUCACUUCGAAGUGGUUGAAGGUAGCGAGUUCAGCGUUUCAAGGACUGCUUACAAAAAUAACAACAGUGUGUAUGCUUGGAAUGGAAAGACAAUGUCUAUAAAAGAAAUUGCUGUCCGAUUGAGAGAUCUUGGAAUUGACUUGGUUCACAAUCGUUUCCUCAUCCUGCAGGGAGAAGUGGAACAAAUCGCUAUGAUGAAGCCUAAAGGCGAAACUGCACACGAAGAAGGCAUGUUAGAAUACUUGGAAGAUAUCAUCGGUUCUAGUCGAUUUCGGGUUCCCAUUGAAAAGUUAUCCGCAAAAGUCGAAACCCUGAGGGAGCAACGAUCACAAGCUUUGCAAAGGGUUCGUGUGGCCGAUAGGGAGAAAACAGCUUUGGAGGCACCAGUCCGUGAAAUGAUAUCGUAUUUGAAGGCAGAAAAUCAUGCUGUCCUUCUAAGAAACCAGCUUCUUCAUAUUAAACUGUUCAAGAUUUUGGAAGAAGUUGAGGUAGUUCAGCCACUUCGAGAUGCUGCCUACGAAAAGAAGGCUGAGGUCGAUAAAGCAUUGAAAGAGGUUCUUGACGCUAGGGAAGCGGAUAAUGAUCGACUUGAAGCUGCUCAGAGGGACGAGGCCCGUGUUCGUGAAGAUGAAAAGGCUAUCCGUGAUGAAAUUGGCGCUCUUGAACGAUCUUCUAAAGCGCGAACUAACACCAUGAAGAGGAACGUUGCUGACAUUACUCGUGUUGCUGAUGAAAUUGAGAAAGAAAAGUUAAAGCUCGAAGAGUUGAAAGGAGUUCCCGCGAAAGCUGCUGCUAGACUAGAGGUUCUAAAGGCCUCUAUCACUGAACUAAACGAGCUCGAACGCGACAAUAUUAAAAAGGCCGAUGACAAUCGUGAUAAGUUUGACCGCAAAGCUGGACCUGAAAAGGCUGAAAGAGCACGUCUUGAGGAAGAAAUGGGAGUGCUCGUUCUAAAGGAAGUCGAUGCUAAAAACAAGAUCCAUAUUGCAAAGGAGACGCUGAAAAACAUGACACAUGAGGAGACUAAGUUAAGGAAGCGAUUAACUGACUUCCAGAACAAUCUGUCUACAUGGAAAGAAGAACUUGAAAAGAAGACUGGGGAAAUGGACGAGCUGAAGGAAUCACUUCCUCGCGUUCAGGAAGAACUUGCACAGGCCCGAGCAUCUCUUCCGGGAAUAAAGGAAAAGGAGGACAAGCUUAUGGAGGAGGUGAAUGUGUUGCGUGCUAAAGUUUCUGAAGACAAACAGCUUGUAUCAUCGGGGCUAGCUGGAACAGAACGUCAGAAAGCACUGGCCAAGGCAAAGAGCGAAGGACUACUCAAGGGUCUGAUUGGAAGAUUGGGUGAUCUUGGUACGAUUGACAAAAAGUAUGACGCAGCCAUAUCCACAACGACAGCAGCUUUGGACUCAUAUGUCGUUGAAACAACGAAUGAUGGUCAUGAAGCUAUUGAUUACUUAGUGAAGAAGAAUCUCGGUCGUACAAACUUUAUAAUUUUGGACAAGACGAGUGAAUUCAAGGAUAGCAUGGAUACGAAGAAGAAAUUCCCUGCACCGCGAUUGUUUGAUCUCAUUGACAUUCCUGACCCACGCCUCAGAAAAGUUUUCUAUUCAACUGUUUUCGACACUAUCGUCGUUGAUACUCUGAAGGAAGCUACUGAUCUCUCGCGUACGGAUCGAUCGUUGCGUAUCGUAACCCUCCUUGGUCAGGUUGUUGAUAGCUCUGGUACUGUAUCUGGUGGAGGUGCGCCUAAAUAUGGUCUUAUGGGUAACAAAGAGAAAGGAAAAGCAGAUCAAGCGCUCCGUGAAGCGCAAAAUAGGCUUCCAGCGCUCAUUAAGGAAUUAGAUGAAAAGAAUGAGAAGCUUGCUGAAACAUCACAUGCUUGUCGUCAGAUGGAGCAGCGAAUCUUUGCCUUAAGUAAUGAUGCAAAUCGAUUGCGUACACAAUACAACGCCUGUGACAACGAAAUUCUUAAACUUACUGAACGAAUCUCUCACAUGGAAAAGCAAGUGGUUUACGUCAGUGAGCAGCUACAAAAAAACCUUGCUGAUGAAGAUGAAGUUGCGGCAAAGAAAGCUGAGAUUGAAGCUGCGACUAUAGAGAGAGAAGAAUGUGCAAAAGAAGUUGCUGCUGCCAAAGCCAAAGUUGACGUAGUGGCUGCAAAAGUAAAAUCUAUAUUUCAUGAAUUUGUUCAGAAAUAUCUCGAUGAAGCAGAUACUGCGAAAAAGAGGAGGCAAGAAAUUGAAGAACAGGCUGUAAAGGAACGUGUGAGCAUUGACCUGAACGAGCACAAUAUGGAAAAAGUCCAAAACCGGAUCAAGUUCCUUGAGAAGUCCUUGGCUGAGAAGAAAGCAAAAGAAAAGAAGCUCACGGAAGAAGAGGAGAAUCUUCCAAAACAGCUCAGCCAGCUCAAAACUCAGCAAAUUGACUUAAAGCGAAAACUCAGUGAGAUCGAGGAGUUUCUCAAAAACACACGGCAGCGUAGGGAGGAUUUCAACCGGGACGAACUCAAAUAUCUCAAAGAACUUAAGAUAUGCACAGACGAUUUAGCUGAAAAGGAAGGAAACUUGAAAUCUCUUCAAGUGGAGAUCGACAAGUUGAAAAAGCAAAUGGAAGCCUUGACUUUGCACCAGACCCAGGACUUCGAUAUCAUUCCAAAACCGGUGAAACCUCGUCACGCGAACGAUUCUUUUGACGACUCACUGUUAGGAGACCUAGCUCCCGUGGAGAAAGAGGCUGAGAAGAAAGGAAAGAAGACACAGGCUAUGAACGGAGUUGAAUAUUUCACAAUGGAUGCGCCAUACACCGCAUUCGUUUAG